AUGAUUCGUUCUGGAUAUGAAGAUAAUUUAUUUCUUAGUAGUGCACUUGUUGAUUUCUAUGCAAAAUGCAAUGCUAUUGGGGAUGCAAAGAAAGUAUUUAGUGGCAUGAAAUCACAUGAUCAAGUGUCUUGGACUUCGCUUAUUGCUGGGUUCUCACUAAACGGUAAAGGAAGAGAUGCCUUGUUGUUAUUCAAAGAGAUGCUGAAUACCCAAGUUAAGCCAAAUUGUUUUACCUAUACAAGUGUUAUAAGUGCGUGUGUGGAGCAAAAGGAAGCCCCCAAACAGUGUCCAACUCUUCAUGCUCAUGUUACCAGACAAGGAUUUGACACUAGCAAUUAUGUGGUAAGCUCGUUAAUUGAUUUUUAUGCAAAAUGGGGACAACUUAAUGACGCUGUAUUAUUAUUUAGUGAAACAUGUGACAAGGAUAAUAUUGUGUAUGCUUCAAUGAUCUGUGGUUAUUCUCAAAACCAAUAUAACGAGGACGCACUGAAACAUUUUGCAGAAAUGAGGAAAAAGAAUUUAACACCUUCUGGUCAUAUUUUAAGUAGCAUUCUGAAUGCUUGUGGCAGCCUUACAGUGCUCCUUCAAGGAAGACAAUUGCACUCAUUGAUUAUUAAAUUGGGUUCUGAAAGCAACGUAUUUGUGGCCAGUGCUUUGAUUGAUAUGUAUUCAAAGGGCGGUGACAUUGAUGAUGCUCGUUGUGUGUUGGAUCAGACUUCUGAAAAGAAUACUGUUCUGUGGACUUCCAUGAUCAUGGGUUAUGCUCAAUGUGGGAGAAGUUCAGAGGCUUUAGUGCUUUUUGAUAGUCUAUUGACCGAAGAAAGAUUCGUUCCUGAUCAUGUUUGCUUUACUGCUGUGCUAACAGCUUGUAACCAUGCAGGAUUGCUUGACAAAGGGGUGGAUUACUUCAAUCAAAUGAGAACAAAUUAUGGGCUAUCGCCUAUUCUAGAUCACUAUGCUUGCUUGAUAGAUCUUUAUGCAAGAAAUGGGAAUCUUAGGAAGGCAAAGGCUUUAGUGGAAGAAAUGCCUUAUGAACCAAAUCAUGUAAUUUGGAGUUCCAUCCUGAGUUCCUGCAAAAUUCAUGGAGAAGUAGAGCUUGGAAGGGAGGCUGCUGAUCAACUCAUAAAGAUGGAACCAAGUAAUGCAGCGCCUUAUAUAACACUAGCACAUAUCUUUGCAAGAAAUGGUUUAUGGACUGAAGCAUCUGAAAUCAGAAGCAUAAUGAAACAAAGGAGAUUAAGAAAGCAUGCUGGAUGGAGUUGGAUAUAGGUGGAUUAGCAGGUUCAUGUCUUUGCAGUUGGCAAACAAAAUCAAUGCAGCAGUGCUAGAAAAGAUUAGCUAGAAACGUAGAUCUAGAUAAUGAUUUGGCUUGCCAGCUGAAGCUAUUUAGGACUUAGCUUAAUCAGCUAUUUCAUGGCUAGGUCAAAGAAAGGCAUAGCAGAAGGGCCAGAUUCUUUAGGCCCAGGACUGUGCUUGAUACCAUGACGAUUGUGAAGUUACAGGAUCUUAAUUGUAGUUCUUCAAGCAAGAACGGAGGCAAACAAGUAUUGAUAGAGUCGGAGGACUGCCAGUAUUAAUUGUCGAUCUUGUCAAAAAAAUGUCAUCUGGUAUGAAAGCCAUCACUACGGACUCCGGGAUUUCUGCCAAUCAAGAGUAGGAGGAAGGGAGGAUUCAAGUUGCAAGAAGUGCUUAAUCCUGAAGAAAUUCAUGGGGACAGAGCAAACAGCUUAUGCCACCUUUGCCAUGAAAAACUUACACAAGGCCUUGAGUGCCCUCAAACAAAGAAGAUGCAGACCCAUUUGUUGAUAAUUGAAGGAAGUUACUGUGCAGAAGAAAAAAUGUAGAAGAUAAUGCAAGGGAAGAACUAUUAGAACAAGCUCCAAAACAAUCUUAUUCAAUGAAGGCGCAGGUGGCGAUACAAUACUGAGAGUGCUAGUGUAAGAAAGGUGAACCUUAGAGGUGGAAAUUUGCAUCCCUUGAUUCGACCUAUUUUCGUUCUUGAGUAACAAGUUGCUUCAAAUGCAGUUUGGGUCUAUGCUGGCGUCUGCAUUAUUCUUAAUGUAAUCUUUUGACAAUCUGAUGGGUUGAUAGUUUUGCAGAUAAGGUAAUUGAAGACCAGGAAUGCCUGAAAUAACUUAAAAGCUGGAUCGUUUAAUUUGGUUGACCCGCGUACGUUCACGAUUUAUGAUAGUAACUACUGUUCCGAGCUCCUAUUCAGGAUAAUGAAUGUGAUUUUCCAUAUGGAAAUAUACUUUAGGCUCCUCAUUUGAGGACUAAUCAAA